CAAAAAUACGCCGUCGAUUUUGAGAUCUUCAGGAAGUCAAAUCCUAUUCUUCUACAGUAAUUUUUGUUGUUUGAUGUGAUUUUUCUGACGCUUUUUUUUUAUUUUAUUUAAUUGUUACUCUUCACAUUAAAUACUCCAUUGUUUCAUUUUUUCGAGGUUUCAUAUACUUUUAUUCUCUCUCCAGUUUCUUCUUCAUCAAGCUCUCAUUUCUGAAGGUCUCCUUUGCUGAGUUAACUCGCUCCGAGUUACGUAGUUCACUCGAUUGUUCGUUAUCAUUUCCACUGUUUUAACGGCGAUGUGUACGUCGACGAGUACGCCUUCUUCUGGUGGUUUGCGGCAGAGAAUCGCGGUUGUUACGACGGCUUUUUCGUUGCUGAUGUUCCUCAUUCUUCUACUUCACACUGGGAAGAAAAUCAAUAUCAAUGGUUUUCAUAUGAAGAGGUUGAUUUCAUCCGCCAUUAACGACGUUCUUCCAUCUCCUCACCGGAAACUUCUAGCACCUAAGAGCGUUGAUAGGCCAACCCGGUUUUGGGAUGAUACCAACAAGUGCUCUGAGUCUGAUCUUUCCGUUGGCCAAAUACCCAGUGCACCAUUGCCCUCGGGUAUACCCACUUACACCGUUGAGAUCGUGAAUGUGUGCUCCUCUGGUUGUGACAUUGCCCACAUUCAUCUCCGUUGUGGAUGGUUCAGCUCUGCCUUCCCCGUCGACCCAAUUCUCUUCAAGCGUAUCCGUUUUGAUGAUUGUGUCGUCAAUGCGGGCAGGAUUCUAGGGAAUGGGGAGUCCUUUACCUUCCAGUAUGCCAAUACCUACAGCUACCCUCUUUCUAUUUCAUCCAUGACUUGCUUAUAGAUAAUUAGAUACUUGAUAGCAAUUAGUCUUUUUUCUUUUUGCCUAACGGAGUAGUACCUAAUGUUGUCUACAUUUAGGCUUGGCUUAGGCUAACUAAAGAACACCCAGCAAUUAUAUGAAGCAACGAAGCCAUAAUUGUGACUCGCAAGCUCGUGCCUUAUAUAAUUGUUGGUUGUUGAUUUGCCUUCUUCAUUUGUGGGUAGUUUUUCAUAUAAUUCUUGGUAUACAUGAGGCUUAGAGGGAAUUAGUAUUGAUUUUGGUAGGGAAUUUUGUGAUGUAAUUAGUCUUAAAGUUCAAGUCUCUACCUUGGGCAAUUUUUUGUGGGGGGUAUAUCUAGAUGUAUAUACGAGUAAUUCUCGUAGUGAAGUUUUUGCUAGUACGUUUUUGAUACUAAAAGCCUAAAAGGUAAAAAUAUGAUUUGUUCACAUUAUUGAUGUCCUACUCAUACAUUGUAUUAGAUUUUUUUUAUUUUCAAUACCCAUGCUGGAUCUUGACCUGUGUUGUCUUGUUUGAUUUUGUUAGUCAUACAUCCGAGUUUAGACAUAAAUUUUGACAUAUAAAGGCACAAUAAUAGUAUAGACCGGUUGCACUAUA